AUGAUGUGGCCUUCGUCUCAAGCUAGUAAAAUUCUAUCAGUUUUACUCUUACUAGUCGUCGUUUACUGUCUUUUUAUGGACGCGCUUCUGUACUUACGGAUACAAAAAUAUGGAUUGGACCAGUUUGAACAAUUUGAAAAUGGUACUCAAGAUUCUUCGACAUCGAAGAGUAUUUUUAGGAAUUAUGAAGACGAAGUCUGGAUCCCAUGUAGUAUUAAUCCCUUAUGUCACCCGACCGUGAAGGCCCUCAUGGUCGAUCACAUAAAUCACUACAUUUAUGGACCGCUGUGCUCGAUUCUGGACAUAGGUUUAGGAAUAUCUGAUAGACUCAUAUUUUUGACACCGAACAUGAUAUCUUUCACCCAUGUUGUUAUCUCUCUCAUUGGAGGCAAGCUUUUAACUUGUCAAAAUUUAGCUGCUCGGCGUAUAGGAAUAAUAUUGUUUCAAAUAAGAAUGUUUUUAGAUGACCUCGACGGUCACGUGGCUAGGGAAAGAAAGCACAUUAAAGGGGAGAGAUCGGAAGUCGGGACAUUGGGGUAUUGGGUCGACGGUAUUUGUGAUUUAUUAGGGGUAAUAUGUAUGAUGGUGGGGAUCAUGUUGUAUCUUAAGAACAAUCCCCCGAGACGUGGCUACAAAGGCACUCCAGUGAGCACUUUACCUUAUCAUCAAUUAAAGGAAAUUAACUCGUGUGAAGAUAUCGAGAAAGAUCACACGACUGAUAUAGGAAUUUCAUACAAAACUAAAGUGUCCUUCCAGAGAAUUGUUCAGGUGAUGGGUCUAUUUUCCGGGCAGAUGCUCUUGUCUUCCCUCGCUUGGAAUAGAUACAUUGAUUUAUAUCAAAAUCUGUUGGAAAAUUGUUUAGAAUACGAUAUCGUUAGGCGAAUAACAGCCUUCAAAUCUACAAAGUUCUAUGUGGCGACGGGUAUGUGGCGGAUUGUCAACCCGCACAGUUAUCUUCAUUUGCUCUCAUUAGCUGUGUUUUGUGAUAAAACGUGGGGUUUCUUGAAAGCUGUCCACUACAGUGGUUACAUUGGUUUAGUAAUUGCUGCUGCGGCUUCAGAGUAUUUUGUCGAAAAUAUAAGAUAUUUUGUCGUUAAUGGGUUAGAUGUAUGA